AUGUCUGAAACCAACACAAAUCCUAAAAUCAAUCCUCCGGUGCCUUCAUCUAAUGCGGCCACUGCCCUUGCUUCGAUCGAGGUCGAUGAUGGAGACUUGACCGAAGAUGCCUCCACGAUGGACGACAGAAUCUCAUCUUACUCUGCGUCCUUGACCUCCAGCAUUAUCGACUACCCAGAGGAAUAUGGGCGUCGAUACCACGCUUACCGAGCCGGCUCAUACCAGUUUCCUAACGAUGAGAGGGAAAUUGAUAGACUUGACUUCAACCAUACCUUAAUAGCUAGGACAACUGGCCAACUUUUCCUAGCUCCUAUCGAAAAAGAUAAGACCCAUCGCAUUCUGGACGUCGGUACUGGUACGGGCAUUUGGGCGAUUGAGAUAGGCGACGGGUUCCCUAACGCGGAGGUUGUUGGCAUUGACUUGAGCGCCAUCCAGCCGAGUUUUGUUCCGCCAAACGUCAAAUUCGAGAUUGACGAUGCCGAAAGCUCAUGGGUUGGAAACGCUAAAUACGACUUUAUCUUUUCAAGAUACCUCGCCUUGUCUAUUGCCAACUGGCCAAGACUCGUAGGCAAUAUCUACACAAACUUAAACAACAACGGCUGGGCCGAGUUCCAAGACUAUAGUCUUACGCUCGAUUCAGACGACGGGACAUUGACAGACGAUCACCAGACGAUGAAGUGGCAAAAAUGGGGAAAUGAAAUUGCCGAAAAGAUUGGGCGGGAUUUCAACCCAGGCCCCAAGCUGCGUAACUGGGUGGCAGAAGCUGGCUUCCGAAACAUCGUCCACAAGCACUACAAGAUCCCAGUAGGACCCUGGGCCAAGGGGGCCCAUUACAAGGAAAUUGGGAUGCUGAACCUGAUGCAGCUGUUGGAUGGCCUUGAAGCGUUUACACUGAGGCCGUUCUGUGGCGUUCUGGGAUGGACGACCGAGGAGGCCCAGGUGCUGCGUGCUAAUGUCCGCAAGGAGAUUAAGUCUGGGGCCUUCCAUGCUCAUCUGAACUACCACGUGGUCUAUGGUCAGAAAGUGGAGAGCGAGGGUGAGAAGGAGGGAGAAUGA